CUCUCUUACUCAAAGUGAGAGACUCUGGAUCUGAAAAAUACAAAACGCAUCUCUAAUCACAUUUAUUAUCAUUCCCAAUUCAAUUUCAUCACUUCCACUCAACCUUUUAGUUUCAGAUUUAGUGGAAAUAAUCACACGAAACCCGACCCGAUUCAAAUCCGAUCACCUCAAAUUCCGCCAGAUCCGUCUUCUUCACGCACUCUCCAUCUUCAUAAACACCCAAACCCAUCACUCUUCACACAUCACAUUCACAUUCAAAUUCUCUUUAGGGUUGAAAUUUUUUCCGAUGGCGGUUUCCGAUGGCGUUUUGAGGAAAGUAAUUCUCUCAUACACCUACGUAGCGAUAUGGAUCUUCCUAAGCUUCACUGUAAUCGUUUACAACAAGUACAUCUUAGAUCGUAAGAUGUACAAUUGGCCGUACCCGAUCUCUCUUACCAUGAUCCACAUGGGUUUCUGUUCUUCACUCGCUUACCUUCUCGUUCGUGUCUUCAAGCUUGUUGAACCAGUUUCAAUGUCGCGCGAUCUGUAUUUCAAAUCUGUUGUUCCAAUCGGUGCACUCUAUUCGCUUUCUCUUUGGUUCUCUAAUUCAGCUUAUAUUUAUUUAUCUGUUUCGUUUAUUCAGAUGCUUAAAGCUCUUAUGCCUGUUGCUGUUUAUUCAAUUGGUGUUUUGUUUAAAAAAGAGGGUUUUAAAAAUGAAACUAUGGCUAAUAUGGUUUCUAUUUCACUUGGUGUUGCUGUUGCUGCUUAUGGUGAAGCUAAAUUUGAUACUUGGGGUGUUACACUUCAGCUUAUGGCUGUUGCUUUUGAAGCUACUCGUUUGGUUUUGAUUCAGAUUUUGCUUAAUUCUAAAGGGAUUUCUUUGAACCCUAUUACUUCGCUUUAUUACAUUGCACCUUGUUGUUUGGUGUUUUUGUCUGUUCCUUGGCUUAUUGUUGAGUAUCCUUCUUUGAGGGAUAACUCCAGCUUCCAUUUGGAUUUCGCAAUUUUCGGAACGAAUUCCCUUUGUGCUUUUGCUUUGAAUCUUGCUGUGUUUUUGUUGGUUGGAAAGACUUCGGCCUUGACUAUGAAUGUUGCUGGGGUUGUUAAGGAUUGGCUUUUGAUUGCAUUCUCUUGGUCUGUGAUUAAGGAUACUGUUACGCCGAUUAAUUUGAUCGGGUAUGGGUUGGCAUUUUUGGGUGUUGCGUAUUAUAAUCAUUCGAAGUUGCAGGCUCUUAAGGCUUCGGAGACUCAGAAGAAGGCUCAACAGAGUGAUGAAGAGGCUGGAAGGUUGUUGGAACAGAGAGACGGAGAAGGGACUGGAAGGAAGAACGACAACCAGAACUGAUUCAACUGGUCAAUCUCAUUUUUGGAUACGAAACUCGUUAUGUUGGGUGAGGAGGCACGUUUUAUUUUCGGGUAUAUGUGGUGGUGUAAUGUACUACUAUUAGGUAAUUGAUUAAUUAUUAUUAUCUUUAUUAUUAUGUUGCUUUACUUCUCCCAGUUUCAUUUCAGUUUUUUGGUUCAUAUUAGCUGUGUAUUGGUGUCUGAGAUUGACGUUUGUCUCUUAUAUUGCUGAUUCAGUGUUUCGUAUUUAUGAUUAGAUAAUGAAUGAGUUCAGCUUCCUGGAUGUUCUGAAA